UAUACUUCAGAAGUAUGUAAGAUCAGAUAAAUGAAGCUAAGAUUAUAUUUCUUCGAUAUAAAACGUGUUACAGUUUACCAGCUCGUGAGUUACUUUGUAAACGUUAUUUAGCAACGAAUGAGCUUGCCAGCUAUUUCAGUUACAUUGAUACAUAGGUUGAUUAACUAAACUACUGCUAGCUGGCGAGACAGGUUAUUCUGGAUUUUCCAAGUAAACAAUCGAGCGCUUCAUUGCCAAAUUUCCGUGCUAAACUGCCAGGAUGAAUGCAAAUAUUGUUUUGAACCCUGGGGUCAAACAGAAAGACCCGUCUAGGGCAUUGGUCAUAGCAGUGUCUUCCCAUGCUAUGUUUGAGCUGGGUGGAGAACUAAAGCUACAUUUGCAGAAGGUCAAGCAGGAACCUGAACCCAAAUCUACAGUCAAAGAUAAUGAACCUUUCAGAGAGGGCAUAGCCUUCCCAUUCAUCAAGGCAGUACAGCAGGUGAACAAGAAACUGUUGGAGAAGAACGCUAAUGAAAUGCUGCUGUUCGAUGUGAUACUCUUUUCUAAUGACGUCAGCCCAGCAAGUCAGUCCAGAGUGGUCAACAGUGCAUUGCAUUAUGACCUUGAGAUUGGUAGAUUCUGCUUUUGCAGUGACAAGGAUUUUGCUGCAAGCCUGCAGUCCAACCAUGUGAAACUGUUUCUCUCCACAGACACAGAUGAAGUUGGCAAGGCCUUGAAAGAGGGUUUUCCAGCAGCACUCUUGUACCAGCAGCGUGGCCAGGGCACCACUGACACCCUCAGGGUUCUGUUCUCUGGAGACGUGCUGGGCUUCUCAGACGACAUGGCACAUUUUCUGCGAGAACAAGGGUUCAGUGAGCCUCAGCUCCAGAGCAUCUCCACUGCGAAGGGUGCCAUGAAGGAGUUUGCGACGGUCAUCGGAGAGAUGAGGAGGCGGUUUGGGCGGGAGGGUAGCCCACUCUGCACCUGCCUGGUAACUGUGUGGACCCCCAGGGACGCCUGUGCCGGUGCCUUGAAGAUGCUGCGAGGCUGGGGGCUGGAGGUGGAUGAGGCAUUCUGCCUCGCUGGGGCUCCACAGAGCCCCAUCCUGGCCCAGAUACAACCUCACAUCCUGUAUGAUCAUGGGCUGCACAAUGCCAGAAAUGUCCCUGCACAGUGCUGAUGGCAUCCAUCAGGAAAACUGGGGCCAUAUUUCUUGUCAUGUUUUUUUUUCUGUCUUUUCCCUCACUGCCUGAGGCUCUGCUUGUCGUGAACAUAGGGUAUCACAGCACUGCAUUUAUUUAGUGAUGCCCCCUUGUGUAGGGAUUUAAAGAAGAGCUUGUAUAUCCUAUAUCCAAACAGAGGAUCCAGAUAGAUGGUACUGAGGUAUGAGGGUGACAGUGUGGUGUAAUGGUUAGGAGCAGGGCUCAUAACUGAAAACUUUGAUUCGGUUCGAUUGGCCGCUCAGGACCUUAAUGGAAAAUUGCCUCAGUAAAUAUGCAGCUGAAUAAAUGGGUGACAAGUUAUAUUGUAAGCCAUGUAAGCUAAAUGACAAUAAUGUAAUGAGUUACAUGCUUGCAAGUUAAAAGUGCCAAAAGGUGGAAAAUUACACCAAAUUUUCUAACAAAAUUACGCGUUUUAACAGCAGUCCAAAUUAAUGACUUUUAAGGAAUUGAAACGUAUACACAGUUCGUGAAGAACACACAGCAAUAAGACCUCUGACUAGAAAGUCGCCAGAAUCAGCAGCUUUUUUUCAACUAAAGUCACUAGCAGCGUUGCUAAGGUUGCCACGGUUUUGCAUGAUUAAUUUGUAUGUAUUUUCUGAUAUGACCAACACUUGCAUCAUGCACUUGUAUUGUGUGCUCUUGGUUGAAUUGUGUGUAUUAGCACAGAUCAUCAUUAAGUCUUGGUCAGUCUGGUGCAUAUUUUGCUAAUUUGGCAAUUCUGGAUGCUCACACAAUGCCUUACCUCAUUUUUACUUCUCUGCUGACUAGAAACAACUGAAUCACAAGAUCUGUGCAAGGCUCAUUUGGCAGUGCUUCAAGUUGUGCAACAUAAAAACAUUUGAUCAAAUCCAUCUAAUUCCCGUUGGAAGGAAACUCAGCUGAACUGCCACCUUGUAGAAAGGCAGGGUCACUUGUUUGUUCUCAGCUGGUGGCAUGUUUUACAGGUACUGUAUUUAAAUGAGAUUGAUUGAAAGAGAUCCUCAUGCAUAUAAAGGUUGUCAGUCAAACAGAAUUGUAUAUAUACUUAUGGAAGAAGACCCAAUGUGACUGCCUGUUUUUGGGAGUGAUGCCUUACUCCUAAUUACUCUUUUUAAAUGUGAAGGGAUUAUAGGUGUCACGAGAAGUGAACGGUGGAAAGGGCUGUGAUAACUAUGUGUUUCUGUUGUGUGUGCUUGCUUUUACAUUUAUAUUUACUCACUAAUAAACCAGAUGU